AUGAAAACAAUUACUAUGGUAAACAAAAUACCUCCGAUAUCGGCCAACAAAUUGUACCUGGGCAAUUUACCAAAAGAAACCACCGAGUCCAAUCUGCGUCAACUUUUCUCAGAGCAUAACUUGUCCUACACGAACAUUUUGCUGAAACCGGACGGUUACGCUUUCGUGGAGUGUGCAGAUCAAUCGGCAGCGGAUAAAAUUAUUGAUAAGCUCCAGUGUUUCAACUUUAACGGAUCUCAGUUGGUGGUCGAGCCAACGUUUUCCACCACAGGAAAGAGAACUGGCAUGCCAUUUGUACCUGAGGGCAAAUGGACGAGGAAAUUUCGCUGA